AUGGGUCAGUAUACUGAUACCCUUCGUAAGCAGUAUAUCAUUGAGGCCCUUAGACCUAGUUUCGACUGGGCCGAAGAUGUUGAGGAGGCGCUCGAGCAACAGUAUGAGCGUUUGAAAUCUACCCACAGCACCGCCUCGAGUGCUAGGGUGGGCAAUAGAUCCGAAACACUGGGCGAUACUGAUACCCCCAUCUCUUCUCAGCUAGGAACUGACAGCUCCCGGGCUAGGGGACAAAAUCGUCUAACGCGAUAUCGACACGGGAGCAAAGGUCGCCAUGGAAAAGGGAAAGAGGUAGAGCCAGCCUCGGAACCAUGUAUACCUACUGUGAGCACUUCACCCCAUGUCAGAGAAGAUCAUGAGAACGACCUAUAUUAUAGCUAUGACUACAACGAGGAGAUUGCACAGAUGCAGACUGAACUUGACGAAGAGUUUAUGUUUCGCAAUGAUUGUAUGGCACAUGACGAACAAAGACUUAUACACCAUUUCAACUGGUUCGGUCACCCGAUGUACGAACCCAGUGGGACGCCUCCAGCGAUCUCCCUUCUUUUCCAACUGGCAGACCCAAAGAUGCCCAAGCCCAGAGACGAGCUUCGCGUUCAGUCUAUCUUUGCGAGGGCCUUGAUGUUCAUCGACCCAGUUCUUGUUGAACUUGAGAAUGGUCUGCAGGAUCUGGACCGAGAAGGCUUCGAUCUCGUUCGAUGGGCUACUGGCCGCGUUUCCAAGUUCUAUACCUUACAUGGCCGAUGGAAGGAAGAUUGGUUUGAAUGGGAUGAAUGCAGGUCUCCAGAUUCGGGAUUUCUCGAACUGUAUCAAAGUAGAUCUCUGGCCUGUGGCAACGGCUUCAUUAGCCUUUGCAACAUACGAUCAAGGCAGCAGUGGGCAUCUCACAAGGCUCAGCUUCAAGAGCAAUAUGACAAAGCUUGCCGACUCGCAGCACAGAAUUUCUAUCAAAAGAGACAAUGCAGGACCUAUAAACCUUCUUUGCUGAGACAGUCCAUGAAUCUGAAAGAUUUGGAAUGGGCUGCAGGUGAGACAUCUGCUUUAAAUCGCCAGGGAUUUAUGCUAAUCGAUGACAUUAAAGACGAUCGUAUAGAGCCACUCAGCGAUAGCUCAAUCCAUGAGCAAGAGUACGAUACGCUCUCCGAGGCCUUUCUUGAUGAUAGCGACGAAGAAAGUUGCGAUAUGCGAUGUAGAGAAACAGAUGCUAACGACCGUAGGAAAGGAACGCAACAAACAAAGACCCAGCGUUUCGAAAUCCAUACCACAGCUGAUCAGACCUACGAAGAACGGCCGGGUUUUAUCACAUCCCAGCAUGCAACGGAUUCAACCGACACCUGGGAAGCCCUCAGCAGGACGCCAGGCGGCGGCCGAAAGAAAGCCUCUCUUAAGAAGACCCGCCUUGAACGUUGGAAGUACAACCUAAGUUCCUGGAAACUGGGAUUGAAGAUAAAGAUUUCCGAACGCCGUCGGACUUUAUAUACCAAGGCUCAGAAUGCAUUCGGACCAAAGGAGUUCACGCGUUACUGA